ACGUCGAUCAAUUAAACCAUCCACCGUUGAUCCAAGACCAACAAAUCGAGUUUCCUAAGACCAAGAAUUACCUCAUAGAACCAUCAAAAAUGAGUCGAUUCGUCCGUCAAAGUUCAUAUCGUCAUGUGUACGGUCAAUCUUCAAAACGCGAGAUGUGUUUUGAUAAUAUCAAAGUAUCGGCUUCGGCAUGGGACACGAACUUGGCUGCUGCUAAUCCCAAGUUCCUUUCAGUCAAUUAUCAAGCUUCAGGUGGAGGCGCCUUUUUGGUCGCACCUCUUUCACACACAGGAAAAUUACCGGAUCUAUAUCCAUUAUGUCGAGCUCAUACAGCUCCAGUCUUGGAUACAUCUUUUUCACCAUUCUGUGAUACAUUAAUAGCUUCAUCAGGAGAAGAUGGAAAAGUAGUAUUAACACAAAUAGAUGAAGAAAAGUUAAAUGCAGCUUUAAGAUCGGAAAAACCUGAAGUCUCGGAUUUAGAACCGACGGUUAGAUUGAAUGGACAUGUUAGAAAGGCGGGACAUGUUAAAUGGCAUCCGGUAGCUGAAAACGUUUUGGCUAGUGCUAGUUUAGAAGUUAAGGUUUGGGAUGUCGAAAAAGGUAGUUGUGUGGUGGAAUUACCUCAACAACCUGAUAUGGUGGGAAGUAUGAGUUUUAAUUGGACUGGAACACUCUUAGCCACGACUUGUAAAGAUAAAAAAUUACGAAUCUUUGAUUUAAGAUCAGGACAACAAGCUUCAAUUGCCGAUUCACAUACCGGUAUCAAAGGAUCUAGAGUAGAAUGGAUGGGUAGAAUGGAUCGAAUCUGUACGACGGGGUUUAGUAAACUUUCAGAUCGACAAGUGUUUGUUUGGAAUGCUGGAGAGAUUGGUAAAGGACCUUUGAAACAGAUGACUGUGGAUACUAGUUCGGGAACUCUUAUGCCGUUUUGGUCUGAUAAUGAUAUUUUGUUCUUGGCUGGUAAGGGUGACGGUAAUAUCCGUUACUACGAAUAUGAAGCAGAUGAUCUACAUUAUCUAACCGAAUAUAAAUCAAGUGACCCACAGCGUGGGAUGUGUUGGUUACCUCGACGAGCGUUAAACACACAAGAUUGCGAGAUCGCUCGUGCUUACAAAGUCACUAAUUAUCUCGUCGAACCUAUCUCGUUUAUCGUACCACGAAAAUCAGAUUCGUUUCAAGCCGAUAUUUAUCCACCAGCCUUAUCAGCUACUCCAGCACUUUCGGCCAGCGAAUUCUUUGGUGGUAAAACUUCUGAACCGAUUCUUGUCAGUUUAGAAACCCAAUCCGAAACGUCUGCACCACCAUUAAAAUCAUCAGCCUAUGCAGCUCCAGCUCCAGUCUCUGUGUCUACUUCUGUGGCAGCUAGUUCUGUUCCUGUAGAAAGUCUUCCAAGUCCGAUUGUACCUAAACAAGAAGAAAAUCUAGAAGUCGAAAUGGCUCCACCACCUUCAUCUUCGAUCAGUUCGAAUCAUCGUAUGGAAAGUUCACCUAGAUUGAUGGCUAGAGGACUUCCGUUGGUUCCUUCAAAUCCUUCUGGAUCUGGAACUGAAAAAGAUAGGGAAAGAGAUCAGCAGAUUGAUAGAUUGGAAAAGGAAAAUGAAGGGUUGAGAGAAGAGUUGGAGGAAAAGGAUUGUGUGAUUCGUAAUUUGGAAUUACAGUUAGAGAAGUUAAAGACUAAUCAGAGAAAGAUUAUGGAAUUGAGUCAUGAUUCAUUAUAAAGUGAUGGACUAUUGUUUUGUUGUUUUGUUUUUUGGUCAAGAAAAAAGUGGUUUAUUUUUUUGAUAAUUAUAAACUUGUUGUUUGUUUCGAAAAAAAACAAUGAAUUAACAAUCAUUUCAUUUUUCGAAAAGUUUUUUUUGGCUUUCUUUUCUUUUUUUCGUAUGAUACAAGUAUACAGUAUAUAUAUAUAUAGCUUUUGUUUUGUUUUGUCUUAGUUUAUGUGUGUGUGUGAGUUGCAUUCAUUCAAUUUGUUUUUUUUGUGUGGGUUUUGUGGGUUUGAAAACAUUAAGGGUCGUGAAGUAGAUUUGCAAAGUAGAAAAGAAUCAAUGGUACAUAUAUUCAAGACGAUGAACUAGUGAUUGUGAUUUGGCCAAGUUUGUAUUCAUUUUGUUUAUUUCCAUCAUCUGUUUUCCAUAAGCUUUAAGAUUUAGUUUGAUUGUGGUUUC